UUUAAUUUUCCAUGUUUAUGAGUGGGUUAUGACUUUGGUCAGAUAAACGAUGAGAAAGAGUGUUAUAUUCCGGGAGGAAUAUCGCAAGCUGAUGACGUCUAUUCGUGAUACAUGGUCUUAACGUGACUUGCACCGUGUCUAAAAAGAAGGAAAGCAGUCUGAUUCAUGAAUAAAAAUCCGAGUGCAAGUGUACAACAAACAAUAGUUCAAAAAAAAGAUAAGAUGUAGACAAAUGUUUACAAAGCCAUCUGUUGCUAUGUGUAUUUCAAACAUUGUUUGCAAAGAUUUCUGAUAAUUGCAUAUAUAUAAUAGCACGGAACGGUGGCAAGUUGAACGGCAUCAGCAUCUCAGCGUCGCCUCAGUCAGUUGCCGUGAGGAAGAUUUUAUCAGAAUCAGGAGUAAACCCGGACCACACCGCGUGCAAGACUCAACCAAACUGCAAUAGAUUAAGAAUGCCCAACAAAGCGACGAUAGCAUUCAUGGUUGUGUAUGGGAUCAUAAUGCAUUGCAAUGUCUACUGUUCACCUACCGGGAUGGAUUACCCAGGAUUUAGGGACGAAGAUGAGGCGUAUGAUGAAAAGGGAAACUCGCUACCUGAUUUGACUUACGAAACUGAUCGAAAUGGUAUCCGAAUUCCUUCAUCGAUGAUUAGCGACAUGAACACGUUAUACUAUCUGCCGGAGAAAAGAACGGAGAGAAACUCUGAUGCACAAUAUCAUCGAGGCGCAAUCAACGGAUUGAAAGAUGGUCAAAUGCAUAGCUUCUUUAGAUCGCUCAUUCCAACAAAGCGCGAUGGUGCCGGCGACGUUGAGAAGGACUCGGAACCCCUGUCAAAGCGACAUUCCGAUGGCAUCUUUACCGACAGCUACAGCCGUUACAGGAAACAGAUGGCUGUCAAGAAAUACCUGGCAGCUGUCUUGGGGAAAAGCCCUGAAGAUAUUAAUAUUCUCCAAAUUUUCGACGACAUAUUCUUUGAUGCCCUGCUUAGGCUUCUUCAGUUGGUUUAUGAUAUUGAUUUGGGAGAAUUGCUGCAGCAGAUGUCCCUGUCGGUGAGUUCUAGCAUAGGCUGCUUACACACGAGACAAAUUAAAGGCCACUGGCCCCAAUACUAAAUAGCUUCUUAACAUUAUCUCAAUCGACUUCAAACUCACAUGUCGCCUUCAGUCACCAGACAAACCAAAAGCAGCACUUGUCAACAGUGAAACCUAGAAACAGAUGUUGUGGGAAAUACGGGACCUUUGCUGGUCACCUACCCAAAUAUGAUGCACGGCCCUGUUAAAACGUGGUUCCGUCGUUUGUUAAUCAUUACAGACAGACCAUACACAGAUGACACAGGAUCGAAAAGGUGCACGGGAAUACCAGGAUCACGUUUUAACAGUUGCAUCAUGUAAGGUGCUGCGGCCCAAAAUUAAACAAUGCGGGUAGAUUCGGCUGUUUUUAAAUCAAUAAACAUCAACACCACAGCUGAAUUUCCCACGAGACCCCUCCAAAGGAAGGGAGAGAGAUUAACUAUUGCAGAUAACCUCACACGAAGCUUUGGUAAAAUUUUAUUUUACAUAAUUAGGGAGUUCUCCUUCCGCAAAAACGUUAAAUCUCGACAAUCUCAUUAUAAUCGGAAAGGGGAGAGUAAUUUAAACGCUUUUCUGCAGGUGAAAGUGCAAAAGAGUAUUGGCUUUAUCUCAAAAUCGGCAACCUAAUAAAAAAAAGCUCCAACUAUCUAGUAAUCAUAUCCUGAAUGAUCAAUAUAAUUACACUUAAGAAAAUAGGUUUCACUUUCCCAAGGCGACUAAAACAGGCAUGUGAGUUUCAAAAGUUAAACGAGACCCUGGUUCAACGCGAAACGGAUUGGCCCGUGUAUCUAUGAACAGUGUUCAUGAUUAAAUUACAAGUAAUAUAAACAUUACAUUUCAGCGGAACCAUAAACGUGCUGGUCAUGUGUACAAGAUUGAUUGCUAAAGAAAGUCACCGUAGAAAAUGCAAACUUCGCGGUUUUAGUCUAUUUUAACAUUUAUUUUGCAGUAGAAAUAAGAACUAAACCAGUCCCAGGAAGGGCAGAAGUAUAAAAUAUCCCUUUAGGAUUAAAAAAAAAUAGCACAUAGGCAUUUGAAUCUACGCCUGCAUGAAACCUAUCUUAUUUUAAUUUUGCAUUCUCCUCCAGGCAAAUUGACCCAGGAUGCAGCUUGCGGCUUUGGUGCCUUGAUUCGUCAUUUAAAUCGAUAUGAAUUACAGAGGGUUUAUUAUUUGUUUCUUUUUUUCUUUUCUAAAAGCGGCCCUACAUUGCUGCAACACAUCAGCUUACACUUGAGGCUCUUGCCUUCUCGGAUCUCGUGGUGUUUUCGUUGCAAGUUGUAUUUGAGUCGGUGAUUUCUGUACUGCACUAAGUGUGGUGUUCAGCCUGUGAGAACUAUUAACUAUUCCAGACGUCUUAAUAAAAUGUUGUGCUUCGUUAAUGUUCGCGUGACCAAACGACCUUAUGUAUAAUCAUAGGGACACGAGAUGCCUUAGUAAACUUUACACAGACUACAGACAUUUGAUCGACCUUGAUUAAACAGUAAUAGAAACAG